AUGACUCAACAGCAUCAAUACAAAGCUAUCAUUCUCGUCGGUGGCCCCUCUAGAGCCACUCGUUUUAGACCUUUAUCACUAGAUGUGCCAAAGCCUUUGUUUCCAGUCGCUGGACUUCCGCUUAUAUCUCAUCAUUUGGCGGCACUUGCCAAAGUAGAUGGCCUUCAAGAGGUGCUGAUUGUGGGGUUCUUUGAGAACUCUGUGUUUUCCAGCUACAUUGAAACUGCCAGUGGUCAAUUUCCUCAUCUUAACAUCAAGUACCUACGCGAAUAUCAAGCAUUAGGUACAGCAGGUGGCAUCUAUCACUUUAGAGACGAAAUUAUUCGUGGUAAUCCUCAGCAGUUCUUUGUCAUGCAUGUGGAUAUUGCCUGUUCCUUUCCUCUGAAAGAAAUGGCAGCAUUUCAUCAGGGCCAUCGUGGAUUGUGCACCAUGUUGAGCACCAAGAUCGCUCGCGAACAAGCUAAAAAGUACGGUUGCCUAGUUGGAGAUGCUAAAACUAACGAAGUCCUUCACUAUGUUGAAAAACCUGAAACGUUCAUUUCUGAUUUGAUUUCAUGCGGUGUUUAUCUAUUUGACAUUGCAGUGUUUGACGAAAUUAAGAAGGCGAUGGAUUUGAAGAAAGAAUCCAACAACAAUCUGAUUGAUUCGUUUGCAACCAAUGUGGAUGAUAGACUCAGUCUUGAAAGAGACCUGUUGCGUCCCUUGUCUGAAUCAAGAAAGCUAUAUUCUUAUGUAACUGAAGGCUUCUGGAAACAGAUCAAAACCGCUGGAUCAGCCAUCUCGGCCAAUGCCGCUUAUUUGGAACUGCAGCAUCACGACAACGAUACUAGACUUGCUAGAAACGAAGAGGGUGGACCUGAAAUCAUUGGAGCUGUUUAUAUUCAUCCCUCUGCCCAGAUUGAUCCUACUUCCAAGAUUGGCCCCAAUGUAUCCAUUGGCCCGCGUGUUGUUCUGGGCAAAGGUGUUCGCAUCAAGGAUGCCAUCAUUCUAGACAAUGUGACUAUAGGCCAUGCUAGUUGUGUUCUUCAUUCGGUCAUUGGCUGGAAUAGUAAAAUUGGUGCUUGGGCUCGUGUCGAAGGCACCGCUGUUUCUGACCAUAAUGAAGAAAUGAUGAAGAAUGGUGUCAAGGUGCAAAGUAUCACUAUUCUCGGAAAAGAGGUGUCUGUCUUGGACGAAACCAUUGUUCGCAAUUGCAUCGUACUGCCCCAUAAAGAGCUUAAAUCAUCUUUCCAUAGUCAAAUCUUGAUGUGA